AUUAUAGUACCUAUAGCCAAGCUGCGGCUCAGCAGGGCUACAGCGCGUAUGCACCUCAGCCAGCUCAAGGAUACGCACAGACCACCCAGACGUAUGGGCAGAGUUACGGAACCUACGGACAACCCACCGACGUCAGCUACACACAGCCCCAGACGACUGCAACGUACGGGCAGACUGCGUAUGCGACGUCCUACGGGCAGCCUCCCACGGUGAAAGGGCCCAGUACAGGUUACCCCACGCCGACGGCCCCCCCAGCCUACAGCCAGCCCGUCCAGGGGUACGGCACAGCCGCCUACGAUACCAGCACCGCCACGGUUACCCACACCCAGGCUUCCUACGCCCCCCGCCAGCCGCCAUCGAGUACGACAGGCUACAGCCAGCCCAGCCUUGGCUACGGGCAGAGCAACUACAGCUACCCCCAGGUGCCUGCCAGCUACCCCAUGCAGCCGGUCACCGCGCCUCCCUCCUAUCCUCCCACCAGCUACUCCUCCACACAGCCAAGCAGUUACGACCAGAGCACUUACUCCCAGCAGAGCACCUACGGGCAGCAGAGCACCUACGGACAGCAGACUAGCUAUGGCCAGCAGAGCAGCUACGGGCAGCAGCCGCCCCCGACGAGCUACCCGCCGCCGCAGACCGGGUCCUACAGCCAGCCCCCGACGUGGCGAAGGCGGACGGGCAGUUGGAGGGCACGGAAGUGCAGAACGCUGUCAGGGCUGGAGCGGGCAGUGCAGUUUGGCCGGGUGGCGGCUCUGUGGAGCUCCCUAACGUUUUUGUUUAAAACUUCCUCAGGCUCGUUCCGUCAGGACCAUCCUAGCAGCAUGAACGUAUACGGACAGGAAUCCGGAGGCUUUUCAGGCCCAGGGGAGAACCGGAAUAUGAGCGGCCCUGAUAACCGGGGCAGGGGACGAGGGGGAUAUGAUCGCGGAGGCAUGAGCAGAGGUGGGCGGGGAGGAGGACGCGGUGGAAUGGGCGCUGGAGAGCGAGGUGGCUUCAAUAAGCCUGGUGGUAAUGAUGCCACGCCUUGUCUCCUAGGCCCACCCGUGGACCCCGAGGAGGAUGCGGAGAACAGCGCGGUUUACGUGCAGGGGCUCGGUGACAACGCGACCCUGGAGGACCUGGCGGACUUCUUCAAACAGUGCGGGGCUGUCAAGGCUGCUCUAUGGUCCCUGUGA